AGACAUAGUGGUCUGUGGCCUCGCACUGACUUAAGGAAGCUCAGAGGUUGUUACAGACCCGCGCAUACUCUGGAAAAGACAGUUUUGUAGUUACCUAAGGAUCAAGCUGGCCUGAAGGAGGGGCAAAGGGAAGUGUAAUCCAGAGAACAAUUUUCAAACAUCUUUGCUCAUAUUUGACACUGAGCAGUCAGGGGAUUCAGGCAUAUGAGGAGGUAUUAUUGUCACACAAAACAGUGUCUAGUGAAGACGACAAGAAAGAGAGAGAAGGAUCGGAAAAAGAAGUUAAAAUACCAUAGGAAACCAUGAGAUCUAUUAGAUCUUUUGCCAAUGACGAUCGCCAUGUUAUGGUGAAACAUUCAACAAUCUAUCCAUCUCCGGAGGAACUUGAAGCUGUUCAAAAUAUGGUGUCUACUGUUGAAUGUGCUCUUAAACAUGUCUCAGAUUGGCUGGAUGAAACAAAUAAAGGCACAAAAACUGAGGGGGAGACAGAAGUAAAGAAAGAUGAGGCUGUGGAAAACUAUUCCAAGGAUCAAGGUGGCCGGACAUUGUGUGGUGUAAUGAGGAUUGGCUUGGUUGCAAAAGGCUUGCUGAUUAAAGAUGAUAUGGACUUGGAGCUGGUUUUAAUGUGCAAAGACAAACCCACGGAAACCCUGCUAAAUACAGUCAAAGAUAACCUUCCUAUUCAGAUUCAGAAACUGACAGAAGAGAAAUACCAAGUGGAACAAUGUAUAAGUGAAGCUUCUAUUAUAAUUCGGAACACGAAAGAACCCACACUGACUUUGAAGGUGAUACUUACUUCGCCUUUAAUUAGGGACGAAUUGGAGAAGAAGGAUGGAGAAAAUGUUAUGAUGAAAGACCCUCCGGACCUACUGGACAGGCAGAAAUGCCUAAAUGCCUUGGCUUCUCUUCGACAUGCCAAAUGGUUUCAGGCAAGGGCAAAUGGAUUAAAAUCAUGUGUAAUUGUCCUCCGCAUUCUGCGUGAUUUGUGCAACAGAGUACCUACAUGGGCACCAUUGAAAGGAUGGCCACUAGAGCUUAUAUGUGAAAAGUCUAUAGGUACUUGUAAUAGACCUUUGGGCGCUGGGGAGGCCUUGAGACGAGUAAUGGAGUGUUUGGCAUCUGGAAUACUACUUCCUGGGGGUCCUGGCCUUCAUGAUCCUUGUGAGCGAGACCCAACAGAUGCUCUGAGCUACAUGACCACUCAGCAAAAAGAAGAAAUCACUCAUAGUGCACAGCAUGCACUUAGACUAUCAGCCUUUGGCCAGAUUUAUAAAGUGCUGGAGAUGGACCCUCUUCCAUCUAGUAAGCCUUUUCAGAAGUAUUCCUGGUCGGUUACUGAUAAAGAAGGUGCUGGAUCUUCAGCUCUAAAGAGGCCAUUUGAAGAUGGAUUAGGGGAUGAUAAAGAUCCCAAUAAGAAGAUGAAACGAAACUUAAGGAAAAUUCUGGACAGUAAAGCAAUAGACCUUAUGAAUGCACUAAUGAGAUUAAACCAGAUCAGGCCUGGGCUUCAAUAUAAGCUUUUGUCACAGUCUGGCCCAGUCCAUGCCCCAGUCUUCACAAUGUCUGUAGAUGUGGAUGGCACAACAUAUGAAGCCUCAGGACCAUCCAAGAAAACAGCAAAACUUCAUGUAGCAGUGAAGGUUUUACAGGCAAUGGGAUACCCAACAGGUUUUGAUGCAGAUAUUGAAUGUAUGAGCUCCGAUGAAAAAUCAGAUAAUGAAAGCAAAAAUGAAACAGUGUCUUCAAACUCAAGCAAUAAUACUGGAAAUUCUACAACUGAGACCUCCAGUACUUUAGAGGUAAGAACUCAGGGUCCUAUCCUCACAGCAAGUGGCAAAAACCCUGUAAUGGAGCUCAAUGAAAAAAGGAGAGGUCUCAAGUAUGAACUCAUCUCAGAGACUGGUGGAAGCCAUGACAAGCGCUUUGUAAUGGAGGUAGAAGUAGAUGGACAGAAAUUUAGAGGUGCAGGUCCAAACAAGAAAGUGGCCAAGGCAAGUGCAGCACUAGCUGCCCUGGAGAAGCUGUUUUCUGGACCCAAUGCUGCAAAUAAUAAGAAAAAGAAGAUCAUUCCUCAGGCAAAGGGUGUUGUGAAUACGGCAGUAUCUGCAGCAGUUCAGGCGGUUCGGGGCAGAGGAAGAGGGACUCUGACAAGGGGAGCGUUCGUGGGGGCCACAGCAGCUCCUGGCUACAUAGCUCCAGGUUAUGGAACACCAUAUGGUUACAGCACAGCUGCCCCUGCAUAUGGUUAAUACUUUUAAGCAGUUUUCAGCACGUUUAUCUCACUUUAUUCUCGUUCUCCUCGGACCUCCGUAGCCAUAUCACUUGUAUAAGAUAGGCUGAGAUAUAGUGACUGUAAGCUGUGAUCUCAGUUCACAAAGGUAAGCUCUUUUAUUUUCUGAUUAAAGAAAAAACAAUAACCGAUUAACACAACCUGCAUAUAUGACAAUCAUAUGAUGUAUUUGAUCUCCUAGGUCUUAUGUCACUGCAUUAACUUUAAAUUUUUAUGGUCUAAAUGUAAAAUAGUAAUUUUCAGCAUUUGUUUUAAUACUCUUGUAAAUGCUUUUUAUUCAAGAGAAACAUUUCACAUUCACUGAGUCAAGUGUAUGUGGGUAGAAAUUUAGGAUAUUAUAUUUACAUUAUGUCUAUGUAAAUUAUACAUACAGAGGCACUUGUUGGAAUAUAAUAAUUCAGUGGUAGGAACACUUUAAGAAGAAUUAAAAUGAAAGGGCACUUUGGCCAAGGAACUGGGAUAUCAGAAGCAGUAACAUUGGUAACAGUGCCAUAGGAUUCAUGUGUGUACUUACAACACAGGCUGAGGGUAUAAGUGCCAAUCUCUGAAGAAGAGAACCUUCUCGGACCUGUGUUGCAUGCCCCAAUACAACAACAGCAAGAAGCCAUUUAAAAAGAAAAAAGAAAAAAAAAAGCAAUAGAAAAGUUAAAAAAAACACAACUAUUAACUGGGAAAUAUAUGUAAUUGGUUGGGUUUAGCUAAUUAUUUGUAGAAUCAACUUGAGCAAGACUCAGAAAGGUGAUAGUGAGUCCACCGAAACCAAAUCGACUUAAGGAAUCUGUUUUUUCCAGGUUAGGUAGCUAGAAUAUUUCUCACUGUUGUCAGUCUUCAACAGAAUUCAUUUAAAUGGUAUGAGGGUUAGGCCAGAUACUUUAAUAAGGAUUUACUUCCUUUAGUAUACCCCAUAAAUACACCUCAUUAUAGUAGAUGUUCUGUGCUAAAGCUGUAUUUAUAUAGAUAGAUAUAUAAAAAUAAAAUUUGUUUUACAUUUCUUUCUGUAGCAAUUUCUAUUCGUUUCUAGCAUUAAGGUUGCUGGGACAACUUUGUACCCAUACAGAACCUGCAGUUUAUGAGGUUGGCUUCUGUUAAAGGCUGAACAAGGCAGAGCAGUGCAGUGCAGUCCUGUGCCUGCUGAUGCCAAGUCCUUUUCUGGGACCCCGAGAAAGAGGCCCUGACCAGUGGGAGCGUCUGAAGCCUGAAAGUUCCCUUGCUGGUGGAAUUGGCCUUGUUGUAAAUAAAUGCCCUACUUUGGGAGAUAGUGUAUUAACAGUGGCAAAAGUUACUAAUUUAUUUAGUAGUUUAAUUAUAAAAUACUGAAUAUUGUAGGCUUUCUAACACCACAAAAUUGAUGUUACUUGAAGAUUUCCUCAAGUAGCGUUUUUCCUCGGCACUUUUGAGGGCCUGAAAUCUGCUCUGGUUACGCUCCUCAUGCUCUGUCCAAAUGUUGGGUCAGAAAGUGGGAUGCCCAGCACACACUGCAGCCCUGCGUGGCAGCUGUCUCUGUAGUCCUGCCAAGAACACAGUGGGCAAUGUAAACACUGACUGCAUUCUUUCAGUGGCAGGUGAGUGUUACCAUUAUAAUAAAUCACUUGCUGUAAGUUUCCUGAUUCUUAUUUUUCACUAAUGAUUAGAAUGGAGGAGAGUAGUCAGCACUAAGGGAAAUGCGCUAGAGAUGUUUUCUUCCCAAGCUGUCUGGAGCCUGUAAACCAGGGGUAUUGUGAGCAAAGUAACAUCUGAAAGCAGCCCGCUCUAUGAAUGGUCUGCGUUCAUUUCUACUCUUUUAAUGCCAGUGCCUCAAGUCACCAAGAACUGCAAAGGUACCAUGGCAUUCAUGCCUGUUCUCUGCAACAUCUGAUGCCAUGCAGUCAGUGUUCCUUAAUGUUACUAGGAGGCUUGGGAGGGAGAUGGAUGGGGUGUCAGUGACAACAGCAGACCUAAGCACCCGAAGUUAAGAUGAGCUUCAACACGGGUGUGUGUGUCUGUAGCACUUAACAGCGCAAGUGCAGCCUUGUUUAAGACUCAGCCCCUUCUCCUAAUGGUGUCUUACAGAAAGGCUGUUAAGCAGAGGAUUUGUGUUGGAUUAGUUGCACAAAUAGAUAUCCUUUCCAUGUCACUGUCAUUUCAGUUAGGAGCUAACAGCUUCCAUUAUGUUUGAAGCAAUGAUCUUUGGAAGUUUUUAAAAAUAGAACCAUAAUGUGAAUUGGGUUAUAUAAGCUUUACAGCACAGAUAGAGAUAAAGGAUAGAAGCCAUGUGGAAUCCAGACCAAAGGAUUUCUCUCACUCCAGCCUAUUCCUGUGGAGCUUGGGAAUCUGAUGAGUUCAUAUAUUCAAAGCUUUUAAUGGUACCUGGUACACAGGAAGUACUUGUGAAUGCUGACUCUGCUGUUCCCUUGGUUGAGACAGAAGGAUAGAUGUGAGGCCCUGCUGGUUAAGCAGCAGGUGCAUGGUCUGCUUAGGAGUGAGUUGGGCUUACUACUUUGUGCGCAUAGGCCUGGGCCGCCCCCAGCCUGAGGCCAGACUUGGCAGGACAGGUUUGCUCAUAUUUUUGCUGCAGCAUUUAAAUCACCAGCCAGCUUGCAGCCCAUGGUUUGUAGAUACUUGUUUGGGAUUUACGGGUGCUUAGAGUUUUACAAAGGCUGAACUUAGAACAUUUACCUGCUGAUUUCAAGUUUUCUACCCACAAUUUAGUAAUAAAGAACCUAUAGUGGCCAGAAUCUAGUCUCAAAGGCUUGUGGUGUUUGGUUUUAGAGAACAAGUUAAUAUAAACUCGGGAAAGAAAAGGAGGACCGAGGAAGCACCUAGGAUGCUGUUCACUCAGAUUCUUCUGUGAGAAGUCCCUGUAUCUUGUCUCAUGGUACAUUAGUGGAAAGCAUUUGCACUCACACCACAUGAGGCCCCCUUCUGUCUGAGACUCUUAGAGCGUUAGUCUAUUCUGUUGGUCUACCUAUCUGGACACAGUUGGGAAGUUUCUGUUGAAUACAAGGACAAAUGGGGUGAUGCUUCUGAACUACCAUGCAAGGACUGGCUCAUACAUGCUGGCAAAGACCUAAGGAGCCUCAGAAGGAGGGUGGACAGGUUGAGGUCCAGGCUGUUAGUAGGAGGUGAGUUAAGUGGAAACACAAAUUGAAUUCUGAGGUGUUAAAUUUUAGAAAAAACUGUGUGGACAAGGAUUACCUUUAAGGAGUAAAUUAGACUUGUGUUACUUGGUAAAAGUUACUAUGUUUCUCCUUAGCUGAGACUAUGGGUAGGUUCUUCAUCUCAUUUGGCCAGCAUUGAAGAAAGGCUCUUAAGUGUGUGUGUGUGCGCGCGCGCGCGCGCGCGCACGCGCACACACACACACACACACACACACACACACACACACACACACACGAACAAUCACAGGAUCACACACCACCAAACAUAACAACAGCAGAAAACAACCCUGACCAGUUAUCAGAGGAGGGUCAUGGUCUUUCUAUCUAGAACUUUACCAUUUGUGCAAGUGGUUGUCUUGCCUCGCAAGGGGGUAGUGUAAAGAUUACCGCCUCUGCCAUGCCCAGUUGGCAGUAGCGUGGACUUAACAACUUCCUUCUCAUUGGAGAGGAGUGGUCCACAGUUGUCUCUCUCUGCUGCUGAAGGUCAACAGCAGCACAUGGGGUCAGCAUUGUUGCAGUUAGGACAUUGCUGUCCUUCUUUGUUGGAUCUUCUCCUUCCUUGUCCCAAGUCAUUCAGUUAAUGGCAGUUUUUGUUUAGGACUUAGGCUUGCCCAACAUUUUGACAUCACAACAUGUCACCUACAAUGUUCAUGUGACAACCAUAUAAAAUUCUACCAAAAAAAAAAAAAAUGACAGGAGGAACUAUUUGGGAGGCAUGUGUAGUAGAUGUAA